UCCGGUCAUUCUGACAGCGGAGGCGACUCUUCCGAGGAAACAUCAUACACAUAAGAUGGUGACGUCAGAAAGCAAGUGCACCCGUGACAGCUGUCGCAAGACAGUGCUGUGAUAACACAAUUCUUGCUUUAUCCAGUGUAAGUUCUAGCCUGGUCCAGUUUUCACUGGGCUAGAGGACAUACCUCGGAAAGAUGCAUGCGUACACAAUGACGAGAUAAAAGAAAUGACCCCUUGCCCGUGACAGCAGGUGAUACUGAGUUGGGACAGACUCGUGACAAUGGUGCAGUUGUUCAACAUGUUCAAGAUAUCUCGUGAGUCCCUGGAGUCCGGGGUUGGGGUCAUACUUAGGGUCCCCGCCCUCUUUGUCAUGGAGGUGUGGUACCGCACUGACCCCCUCAAGACAGUCCAGGUGCAGACCAAGGAUGUGGAGAUCAUCAUCAAAGUCGUCUAUUACAUGGCUCUUCUGUUUGCUGUUGCUAUCGGCACCCUCCCACUGAAGAAGCUGGUGACUUUCUAUGUGUACCUGGUGAGCGGACUGAUGUUGCUGGGGUCUUUCUUCCUGUCACAGAGCUUUGUCCAGGUGGAGGUGCUGGAGAACAAGGAGCAGACGUGGGCGGACCUGUUUGACGACAAAGAGCACACAGAGAGGCUGAUCCUGCACCUCAUCGCCCAAGCCUUCAUGGCUGCUCUUAUUGCAUACCUGGUUGAGCUCAAGGAUUGGACACGCUUCCUCAUGCUUGUGUUUACACUGCCUGUACUGGCUCGCUCGCUGGGCUUCCCACUCAACGAUUUACACAUUGUGCAUAACUUUGCAUCCAUUUUUUCCACACUCAUUGUGUUGUUCUACGUGUUUAACAAUCUUGGGAAUAUCAUCGAUAACUGUAAGGAAGGAAUCAAUAAUGUUGUCCUUGCCUUCCGUGCGUUUGGAGUCUUCCCAGUUUUCAUCACAUUUUGGCAUUCCGUACUGCUUCCCAUACAACUGUUGAUAUUCUGGCUGGUCAUGUUCAUCACACAACUGUAUGUGUAUUUAUAUUCAGAAAACCAUCCCAUAAUGCAGGAAGGUUGGAUUGUGAUUAUCCUGGCAAGUAUUGGCGAGUGUUGUGCAACACCAAUAAGUCUGUUUGCAUUAUGUGUAACUAUUACCUACGCGUCGUACAGUAUUCUCACUUUGACCAAGCUUUACCUCCAGGGGUUUGAGGCAUGGUCACAAGAUGUGGAUGCAAUGCGAGGAUGGACAGAGGGCUUCACGAUGUUAUUAAUAGCCAUUCAAACGGACCUCCUUGACCUUCGACCUCUUCAAAGAGCAUUUCUGAUGAGCAUCCUUUUAUUUAUAGUAGCAUCUUCGCUAAUCCAGUCAAUGUAUGAAAUCGCUGAUCCAGUUUUAUUGGCGCUUAGUGCGUCCCACAACAAGAGUGUGUUCAAACAUGCGAGAGCUGUGGCUCUGUGUACGUUCCUGUGGAUGUUCCCCCUGUACAUGACCUACUCCAUCUGUCAGUACUUUGACCUGGACUUCUGGCUCAUGGUCAUCGUGUCCAGCUGCAUGCUGACCUCUGUGCAAGUCAUUGGCUCACUGGCAGUGUACUCACUAUUCAUGUAUGACUCUUUCAGGAAUGAGCCAUGGGAAAUGCUGGAUGAUGUCAUAUACUGUGCACGGGCCAUCACACGUGUACUGGAAUUUGUUGUAGCUGUGUUUGUUGUGUGUUACGGACUGAAGGAGUCGUUGUUUGGAGAAUGGAGCUGGAUCAACUCCUCCAUCUUGAUUGUCCACUGUUACUUUAAUGUGUGGCAGAGACUGCAGAGUGGCUGGAAGAGCUUCCUGCUGAGGAGGGAGGCUAGUAAGAAGGUUGAGAGUCUCCCAUCAGCCUCCGAGUACCAGCUGUCCUGCUUGGAUGAUGUGUGUGCUAUCUGCUACAAUGAGAUGAAGAGUGCAAGGGUGACUCCCUGUGGCCACUUCUUUCACGGUGUGUGUUUACGUAAAUGGCUGUAUGUGAAGGACAGUUGCCCGAUGUGUCACCGUGACAUUCACCAGGAAGUGGCAGCAGGAUCCGAUGCCAACAGGGAGGACUUUGUGAUGAAUCCAACUCUUGCAUCCCAAGAUGAUGACGACAGUUCUGAGACAGCAUCUUCACAGACAACAGAAUCCAGUGACAGUGCAGCCAUGGCUGAUGAUGGAAACAUGGAGCUGGACAAUGAACCCCAUGACCUGCUGGGAGAUGCCGGACAUGUGUCCAAGUUUGACCUGAUUGAGGGCGUGGCAGAAGCUGCGAGUCCCACAAACAAUGACAAUGAUGAUGUUGAGACUAAUGCAUGGGUAAGGGGGCAGGGUUUGGCUGACGGCGGUGGAGGGGGAGACGUCAGGAGAAGGUAUGGGCCCAUUCAUCACCAGAUCUGAUGCCUACCUAGACAUCUGUGUGUGCACUUCCUGAUUGGUCAUAUCCCAUAUUGAUUGCUUUAUUCAAGUCGUUUCAUUGAAUCUAUCAUGUCAAUAAUUGUUAGUUUAAACUCAAGUAAUCUGACAUGCCAUUUAAAAUGGUGCAAUUGUAUGGUCCAUGUAGAUCCGUGAAAGUUCUGUUUAGGAACUACCCAUGAUGAUCCGGUUAGAAUUUGUCUUCAGUAACCCAUGCUUGUCGUAAGAGACGACUAACAGGAUCGGGUUGUCAGACGCGCUGACUUGGUUAGCACUGUCAUCCUAUCCCAGUUACGUAGAUCGAUGUUCAU